GGAAUCCGCCCGCUCAGACGAAAUAUCGCAAUAUCCAGCAACAACUUUCGUCAAUCAAAGGCACAGCAAGGGAAACGGACGACAACCCAACGAGAACGUUGCUGCAGAAGACGACACAGAAGCAGUGCGAGCUGGCUGAUCGAAUCAAGGACGUGUUUGCUGUCUAGCCGGAGCACGUUUGCGUCCACACGUGUCGACGACUUCCCAACACCACACAUACACACAUACACGCAUAUACAAACACACACACAUCAUGUCGGAUCCCAAGCCCACAGAACAACAACAGCCUGCGCCUGCGCCUGCUGAGGAGCAGCCCGCGGCAGCGGAGGGGAAGAAGAUGGAGACCACGCCCGACGAGAAGCCCCGUUUCGAAGUGAAGAAGUGGAAUGCCGUUGCGCUCUGGGGAUGGGACAUGGUGGUCGACAACUGCGCCAUCUGCCGCAACCACAUCAUGGAUCCAUGCAUUGAAUGCCAAGCAAAUCAGGCAUCAACAACCAGCGAUGACUGCACAGCCGCUUGGGGCGUUUGCAACCAUGCUUUCCACUUUCACUGCAUUUCGAGGUGGUUGAAGACUCGCCACGUGUGCCCCCUCGACAACACAGAAUGGGAGUUUCAAAAGUACGGAAGGUAACUGGCAAGCCCCACUUUCAACUCAUUCUCUCUCGCUGGUUGCUCUUUUUUUUUCAACAACGCAUAUCUUGCCGUAUCUGCCGUGCUUCUGCGUUUGGGUGCAAUGUCAUUGCGUGAACAUGCGUGCAUGUGGCCAUGCAAGUGUGUGUGUGUGUGAGUGAAUGCGCGCGUGAAUAUGCUUGUUCCUUGGUUGCAGGUUGUUGUGUGCUUGGCGUGGUGCUGCUUGGUUGGUGUUGAUGUUCUCUUUCCCGUGUUGUUGAGUGUCGUUCUGUGCCCACGUUGUGAUUUGGGGUUCCUUUUCUUCUUCACGAUUACCAAACAGCAAGCGUCAUGU